AUGGAAAUGUGUGAAAGUCCGAUGACCAUGAUUAGGUUAUCGUCACUUACAAAUCCAGUUGACCAAGCUGUAACAUGGGUACGGAUAAUCCGGGAAAGAUCAAUGCCAAAAGAUUUGGCCAACGGCCAGCUGAUUAUCACAAGUUGUUCUCUAACCAAUGUAUCUGUCAAGACAGUAGAAUUGUGUGAAGAAGAAACCAGAUCGUCCGUAGUUGUAUCUAAAGUGAUGUCAAAAAGGACAGAGCUUCAUUAUAAAAACCGACAUUGUAUGUUAUGUAAUGGUGAAGACGAAGACGACAUUGUUUAUUGGUCCACAAUGGUUGGAACCAAUAACCGUAGACAAAGGCCUAACAGUGGGCAAGACAUAGUAGAAUUAUUCAACAAUCCUGUAAUGAUUAUCCCUCCAACUAAUUCAAGAGAAAUUAUAUGCUUUCCAAACAUGAUAUCGUCCUGUGUACCUUCUGCUACUCAGGAAGAACAACGCUUUUGUCGAGAAAAUGCAUUAUCGCCCAUCAGAUACACAAAUUCAAUGUAUAAAAACAAAUUUUGUCUUAAUUGCAAUGUUAUUAUAGAGUCAACUGAGAGUUGCUUCACGGCAGUACGGAACGAUAUAUUUUAUGGUAUACAGGCUCAAUCUUACUCUUUUUCCAUGGUAUUUAAUUGGAAGCAAAAUAGAGAAUCGUUUGUCAUUCUGAAUUCUAAAAUGAGUUUAGUUAAAGAUUUAUCUUGUACUUUUGAUGCCGAUCAAAAUUUAAAAGAAUGUAAAGUAAGGAACUGUGUCGGUACUCUGCCAGUAGUCAAUAAUACUUGCCAGCUUAUAUCAUACACACAAUAUUUUGAGUAUUUAGAUACUAAUUUGGCAUUCAAUCUAACUGGGAGCAUUUCUACAAAGAGAUACAGGGUUGCCUGCUAUGAAUGGUGUAGUAUCCCGAAGAAAAUAAAAGAUCUGAGUUACUACCGUACCUUUACAGGUGGCGGUGCCUCUCGACACUCGGGUACAAAUAGUGGACAGAUUCACACAAUGGGGGUAAAACUGUCGAGACUGAAAAGUUUAAAAUGCGGAAACUCUAUUCCUUAUGAUGAAAUAUCAGUGACGGAUCCAAAAUCCCAUUUUUGUGGAAAUCAUUUUAAAAGUGUAAUAACAUUGAAAGAAUAG